CUUUCCUUCCUCGGGUUCCUCUCUAGUCUCUCUAUUCUUCUCUCGUCUAGAUCGUCUUCUGUGAUCUGCCUCUUUUGAGCCUUUGUACCUCCAUACCUUCAAUCUCAUUCUUGUUGAAUCUUCGCUAGAACACUUUACUACCACAACCAUGGCCGACGCAAAGGAAUUCACCUUCCAGGAGGUUAGCGCUCACAACACCAAGAAGGACCUUUACAUGGUCAUCCACGACAAGGUCUACGACUGCACCUCCUUCGUCGAUGAGCACCCUGGUGGUGAGGAAGUCCUCCUCGACGUCGGUGGCCAGGACGGCACCGAGGCCUUCGAAGAUGUCGGACACAGUGACGAGGCCCGUGAGAUCCUGGACGGUCUCCUGGUCGGUAAGCUGAAGCGCAUGCCCGGUGACCCUGCUCCUCGCUCUCAACCCCAGUCUUCCUCCGGUCCCUCGGGCUCCGGCGACAGCGCCGGCUUGGGUGUCGGUCUCUACGGCAUCGUCCUGGUCGGUGGUCUGAUCGCCUACUUCGCCUACCAAUACCUCCAGAAUGCUUCCGCCGCUGAGACGCAGUAAACGAUAUCCCUUUUUAUUUUAUUUUUAUUUUUUUUUCUUAUUAUAAUUAAUAAAUCUAAACAAAAAGAGAUGAAUCCCAUAUGAACUGAGAGCCUUUCCCAUUUCCCCCUCUUCGUUUGAUCCGUGAUCCACAUUUUGGCCCCCUGUUCUGAAAAACGGUCAUUUCUUCUUGGACCGGUCGAUUUCGGCUAGUUACCUGUUGCUACUUUUUUUUGUCAGCAUUAGGGGCCUGUUGGGUGAUACCCAAUGCAGAUACCCUUUCUUAUUUUUUCAUGGAACCCCCCUGUUCUCGUUCCAAUUAGAGUGCACUGUCACGGAUGCUUAUGCUGUGUUGUUUUCGUGAUUUGGUAGCGGAGAAAGAGCUGUCAUAGAUUCAUGAUUACAUGAAAUCUGAAACAUAAACAUGCUAGCUGUUUGGGUUCAACUUGAUUUAAUUUUGACUUCUGCAUAUACAAUUGUUUCUACAAUGACAAUAAAUCUAGUAGCAUACCCA